ACAUGACUCCAUCUUCCUUCCUGUCCUCCAUCGCCCUCUGUAUGAUCGCGUCUAACGCCACCCCCAUCAUACUGCCUCACACCGAGCCCCCGCUGAUCCGAGACCACCCCUUCGUGGUUAUAUGGAACGCCCCGACCGACAAGUGCCAAGAACUGGAGAUCCCCCUGGACACCGCGGUCUUCCAGGCAGUGACCACGCCCAACCCGGUGCCCGGCCAAUUCCUCACCAUCUUCUACGAGAACCGCCUCGGCCUCUACCCUAAAGUGGACAUCGUCAAACGCAAGCAAUACAAAGGCGGAGUCCCUCAGAACGGGAACCUGACGGAGCAUCUCCUCAAGGCCAAGCGUCAAAUCGAUCGCUCCAUUUCAGAGGAUAACUCUCCAGGAUUGGCGGUGAUCGACUGGGAGUCCUGGCGCCCACUGUGGGACCAGAACUGGGGAUCCAAAAUAAUCUACAAGACCCUCUCCAUCAAUAAAGCCAUGCAGAUCGCCCCGUUUUUGUCCUCCGAUAAGAUAGCCGAGGUAGCAAAGAAACAAUUCCAACUGGCAGGGCAUCGUUUCAUGGAGGAAACCAUCAGUUUGGGGAUAAUGGAGCGUCCGAGCCGCAGUUGGGGAUUCUACUUGUUACCGGACUGCUUCAACUACGAUUGGCAGAAGAAAGACUACACGGGGAAGUGCUCCAAGAAGGUCCAGAACCAAAACGACCAGCUGAUGUGGCUGUGGAAAGCCAGCACCGCCCUCUUCCCCUCCGUCUACCUGCACCUGUCCAUGAGGAACUCCCCCAAGGCCGCGCUUUUCGUCCGCAACCGUGUCCUCGAGGCUCUGAGAGUUGCCGCACUGCCGAAACGUUCCUACACCGUGCCGAUCUACGUCUACUCCAGGCCUCUGUACCGCGACCAAACUGAGAUCUUUCAGAGCAAGGAUGAUUGA